AUUAGAACGAAACGUUUAAGCGAACAUGUUGCGAUUUUAUUUUGUUUUUAAUUUCAUUUUAAUUUUUUGUGUUAUUUAUGUAAAAACUCGUCAAGCAUCCCUGCAUCCCGUUUUGGUUGCUCGUUCGUCAUUAGACUGGAUGCCGAGUCGCGUUAAUUCUCUCUAUUCUGAUGUUGGAGCUUGGAGCGGUAAAUUUCGUCCAGUCAUGGAUGAAAUAGAAUCUGAUGAAGCGUUACGGUUCUAUCAAUUCUUGAAUUAUUUAGAUGGGGGUAGUUUUGGUACAGGACCUAUUGAUGAAUUUGUGGAUGCCAUGAACCGAUUAGCUACCUACAUGAAGCAGCAAAAUAGUAGGGAAACCCAAGUUCGGGGAAUGCGGGAGCUCGAAGCUAUAAAUGGAGAGAAAGGUAACAGCAUCAAAACCGUUUUGGAGAUAAGCACUGUUAUAAUGCGUAAAAAGAGGAAGUUCUUUUGUACUGGUGAAGUGAAGGAGCCCAUUGUGAACAAUAAGAUUAUAUGCAAGGAUCGAAUACUACUUCCGAUCGCUGGUACAUCUUGUAGAGAUGCGAUUAUGUACUGGCACCCUGAUUUAACGGAGGAGCAUUAUUGUGUUGGUGCCCUGGAGUCUAAAAGCCCCGUGCAUAUAAUGGACAUUGAAGGAGAGAUGUUUUGCAAAGGUGACGACUACUCAAAGAGAGAGUAUUUGCUGGCCUGUGAUUUUUAUGAAGAUCAGGAAUCUCCCGUUGCAGAUUUACUACAGUAUUAUCCAGACCCGGACCCAGAAAUUAGUCCUAAGCUAUUUAGUUAAAUAAAUAAUUAGUUUGUCCAGUUGCAUUA